AUGCCUCCUCCAACAUCAGGAUUCUCCGAGCUCAAGCCUCGCGCGCGCAAACCGUGCUUGAAUUGCAGAGACAGCAAAUCAAAGUGUACGCCAACAUAUUUACCGCCUAGCUGCGAACGAUGUCGUCGAAAACAUCUGUAUUGCGAUUUCGAACCGGAGAGGGAACCAUCACCAGAGGGCCCAUUGUCCACCAACGCGUUGGGCCUGAUUUUUCCCAGCCCCACUAGUCCUCCUCCGCCACUACAAUUCCUCUCGUCAUCAGCGUCCACACCAGUAAAUUCCUAUCGGGUUUCCUUGUCGACCACGACUCCAAAUCCCCUUCCCUACACACGUCCGCCACCACAAAACAUGCGGCCGCGAUAUUCUGACGCUAAAUCUUACCCUGAUCUUGCGUUACCACCCUCGUCGCGGGUUGGAGCGGGUUUCAUUCACCACAACGGCGUCGGGGCACCGUCUCCACUCACCCCUGCAACAGCGCAAGAUUACCCGGGCCCGCCACAGCCGAUAUACUACCAGUCGACUUAG